GCUGCGGUAAAUAUCCCCAGCCUCCCCUAACAGGCUCACUCGACUCUCUCCGAAACCAAAAAUGGCGGACACCUCCGAGCCGGUCCACCGCCGUCGCCGCGCGUAGGGGCCGCCGCCCUGCCCCCGCUGUAGCCCCUGGUCCCCCUACCUGCUGCCGCCCCUAGUCCCCCAACCUGGGCCGCCGUUCGUGCCCCCGCUGCGCUGCAGCUCGCAGCCCCAAGGCCACGGAGGCAGUGGCACCUGGUCCCCCACCUAGGCCGUCGCCCCUGUCCCCGCUGGGCUGCAGCUUGCGGUGCCCAAGGCCGCCGAGGCCGCCGCCCCUGCUCCUCCAGCUGAGGCCGCCGCCCCUGCAAGAGCAGUCAGGUGAAGAUUCAUCCAUGCGCAACAAUCAAUCCCUGCAGAUAAAGAAGGUUCAAGUGCGGAAAACCCUUGCACACAAAGAAGCCAUGGCCAAGGGGAAGGCUAAGGCUGAUACUGUUGCACCCUCUCGUGAGAGGUCCUUAAAUUGGCAUGAGGAUCAAUCAAAGUACAUGCUAGAGCGGUGUAUUGAGUAUUUGAAAAAACAGCAUAUAGGAUUUAAAUUCAAGAAAGCACAUCUCAUGUUGUGUGCUAAUGAGUUAAACAAGAAGUUUGCUAUGGGGGUGACCGUUGAUCAAGUGGACCGUCACUAUAGGUACCACAAAGAAAAUUGGAAGUACAUUGCAACAGCUUUGAGGAAUAGUGGCAACACAUUUGAUGAAACCAGAUGCAUGGUGACUAUUUCAGAAUCUGAAAAAGCAGAAUUAACUGACAGAGCGAGACGCCUGCUUGCUAAGCCCAUCAAGUUCUUCUAUGAGAUGAGAGAACUAUUCAUAGGAUCCAAUGUUGAUGGAUCUUUGGCUAUGGACCAGAACACAUGCAUGGAUGCUGAUGAUUGCUCAGAUAGUGAUGAUUCAAGAGAACUAAUUGACCUCAAUUGCUACACACAGCCUGAAGAGCUAGAAGGUGAGGAUUCAGACACUUUGCCAACUCCAACCAGAAAUGCUACAUUUUCAGAUUCCACUGAUCACUUCGAGAGGAAGCGUCCAAGAGCCAAUAACUCACUUCGAGAGGAAGCGUCCAAGAUGGCAAGAAAAAAAGAGCCGUUUUGCAGAUUCCACUGAUGAAAUAACUGCUACAAUGAAGUCACUUUGGGAAACACUUGCUGCCACUGCCCCUCCCCAAAUGCCACAGCUUACUGAUCCUCAUGCAGUAUUAUGUCAAAAACUGGAGGCAAUCCCAUUGAUACCAGUUCAGAGGUUUCUUAUUGGUGAACAUUUGUCUACUAAGGAGAACAAAGAUAAACGUGGCUGGUUGUGUAAUGCAAGUGCUGAUACUCUGCAUGCUUGGGUGUUCAAGUUCUUAUGUGACAAGGAUAACCUGUGAAGCUUACCUUGUGAGAGUGGUUAUUUGUAUUUUGUGGUCUGCCCAAGAACUUGGCUGUGUGCUUAUUUUGGUUGUUCUGGGCUUAUGAUGUAAUAUAGUUGGAUGUGUGCUUAUUUCGUGGUCUGCCUAAGAACUUGGUUGUGUGCUUAUUUUGGUUGUUCUGGGCUUGGGAUGUAAUAUAGUUGGAUGUAUGCUUAUUUUGUGGUCUGCCCAAAAACUUGGUUGUUUGGCUGGCUGCUGAUUAUAUGCAACUAAUAUUUUAAUCUGAAUCUCCUUAGCCUCCUAGAAUGUAUUUUUAUUUAUGAAACUUGUCUUU